AAUACGGAAUAGUAUAUCAAAUGGACUCCAAAUACGGAGUAAAAAAUAGGCAAUUUGAGGCGCAGGAUGAAAUAUUGAAAUCUCUAUAAAUUAUACGGAGUCUUUCGCCAUCGUCUAUUGACUUUUUAAUCUUUUUCUUGGAGCGUAAUCUCGUGGUCCUCCUUGUUCGUAUUCAUCAUCUUCAGAUAUGGGCCGGAAGUUCUUCGUCGGCGGCAACUGGAAAUGCAAUGGCACUAGUGAAGAGGUGAAGAAGAUUGUAUCAACACUCAAUGCUGGCGAAGUUCCACCUCAGGAUGUUGUUGAGGUUGUUGUGAGCCCCCCAUAUGUGUUUCUGCCAUUAGUAAAAGGUUCUCUCCGACCUGAGUUCCAUGUGGCUGCCCAGAAUUGUUGGAUCAAGAAAGGUGGCGCUUUCACCGGUGAGAUUAGUGCUGAAAUGCUUGUCAAUCUGGAGAUUCCUUGGGUCAUUCUUGGUCAUUCAGAAAGAAGACUCAUCUUAGGCGAAUCAGAUGAGGUUGUUGGGGACAAAGUAGCUUAUGCUCUUUCUCAAGGUUUGAAGGUCAUUGCUUGUGUUGGAGAAACACUUGAACAGAGAGAAGCAGGAACUACGGUGGAUGUUGUUGCUGCUCAAACCAAGGCAAUUGCAGCGCGAGUGUCAGACUGGACUAAAGUUGUCCUAGCCUAUGAGCCUGUUUGGGCAAUUGGAACUGGAAAGGUUGCUUCACCUGCCCAGGCCCAGGAAGUACAUGCUGAAUUAAGGAAAUGGCUUGAAGCAAAUGUGAGCUCUGAUGUGGCGUCUUCCACCAGGAUCAUCUAUGGAGGAUCAGUAAGUGGUGCAAAUUGCAAAGAAUUGGCAGCAAAACCUGAUGUUGAUGGGUUUCUGGUGGGAGGAGCUUCUCUCAAGCCGGAGUUCAUUGACAUUAUCAAGUCUGCUGAAGUCAAGAAAAGUACCUGAGAAUAAUGCCCUUUGCAAUUUACAUAAUGGUUUUGCUAUAGUUGAUUUGAAACUUGGUGAGGUUGAUUAAGUCUUGAUUUAGUCAUUCUACAUGAACAUGAGCCAGCCUUUUUGUUGGAUGUUUCUUAUGCACGCAUAUAAAUUAUUUAUAUAAUAAAAGGAGGCUCUGUGUUUUGCAUUCUGUCUAAAGGUUACUUCAAUGAGGUUAUGCUCGCAGCUCGCAUAUAGAUUCUGUCUAAAGGUUUUUCUAAGAUGAAGUGGUGACUACUCCCUGUAUUAGUCUGUACACAUAUAAUCUCUUCAACUACUUUUCUUAAUCUUUAUGAAAAACCUUAAAUAAAAGGUAAUAAAGAAGAAACAAUGGC